CUGAGCAGACAUUCACAGGGGGUCGUGGCUCUGUGUGUGAGUUUAACCUUUUGACCACCUUGAUAAGAUUUAACAGCUGGUGUAAAACAAUCUGGUCCUGCCAACAGAGUAGAGCUUCCUCUUGGAACAGGGUCAUAAAAAACAUCUGUCUUCAUUCAAAAGAAAAUAACACUUCUUUGAUCUUAAAAACAGGUUUUUACUGGAACAUAGUCAACUAGAUUUAAAUGAACUUAGCUAAGGACAGUCCCCUAAUUUGAAUACAGCAGAGAAGGGAAAACACGCCCUCCCUUUAAAAGUAUAAGACCCGGAAUCUUAACUUCAGAUCGCUCCGGGGUUACCCGUGAUGCUGUAUCCGGGGAACGGUGCGUCGGUGAAAUGGUUCCCCGUAACGUUUGUCGUGGUGUGUGGAUGUCUGUGGAGUGAGGUUGCUGGUCGGGGCUCCCUUUGAAUACACAGGACAACUGCAAACUGGUGAUGUUUAUAAAUGUCCACUGGAUAUCAAAAGCUCUUCAAACUGCAGCCGUCUUGACCUUGGAAAACUUUCUCUGGACAACGUGACAGAGAGGAAGGACAAGAUGAGACUAGGAAUGACACUGACCUCCAAUUCCAAGGAUAACAGCUUUGUGACUUGUGGUCCUCUGUGGUCCCAUGAAUGUGGAAGUUCUCUGUACAGCACUGGAAUCUGCACCAAAGCCAACCGGAACUUCAAACUCACCCAGACUAUUGCACCGGCUCUACAGAGGUGUGAAACAUUUAUGGACAUUGUCAUUGUUCUGGAUGGGUCCAACUCCAUUUACCCUUGGUAUGAGGUGCAGAACUUUAUCAUGAACAUCUUGCAGAAGUUCUACAUUGGCCCAGGUCAGACACAGGUGGGAGUUAUUCAGUAUGGCUCCACAGUCGUCCAUGAGUUCAGUUUGGGUGAAUACCAAACAACGGAGGAUGUACUGGAUGCUGCCAAGAACAUUGACCAACGAGGUGGAGAGGAGACCAGGACAGCACUGGGGAUCAGUGUGGCACGGUUGGAGGCAUUCCAGCGUGGUGGCAGGCCGGGAGCACAGAAGGUGAUGAUUGUUAUCACAGAUGGUGAAUCACAUGACAGUCCUCAGAUGAUGGAAGUUGUCAAUCAAAGCAAGAAAGAAAACAUCACCAUGUAUGCUAUUGCAGUGAGUCCCACUUUUAUCUUUAGAGCUGAAAUACGAAUAAUUCACUACUCAAGUUUGAGAUCAUGAUUUUCAUCCAGUAGAAGGUGGACUGCUUCAUCCCUGAUGAGGUCAGUCUGUGCCCCAAUUGAAACAUUUUUAAGGAUCUUGUUCAUGAGUGAUGUCAGGAUGGCUGGGGAGAUUUCUAGAAAGUCUAACAUGUGGUAAUGUUGGAACUGUGGUGUUUUUAUGGGGUGAAAAAAAGCUGGGCCAAAUCACUGCUCUUCAUUCCAACCCUUACCUUUGGUCGUGAAACAUGAAUUGCGACCAUGAGUUUAUCCCGAAUAAAUAAUUUUGGACUGGCUGAUCUUUUUAAUAUGCAAUUCACGCAGCCAUUGUUAAGUUAAAUACUAAAAUUAGCCUUUAUUUUCAAAGAUCAGCCAGACCAGAAUUCUUUAUUUGGUACAAAGACGGUGCCAUUAUAUUAAGAAAUUUCUUUUCCAUUUUUACAUCUCAAACUAUACUACGGGUUCUGUUCUUGGUUUUAUAUUCCAUCCAGAUAAGAUAAGUUGGUAUUUUUUUGUCAAUGAAAUUGAAAUGUUUGUGUUCACUAUGUGCAGUGACGUGGGGUGAGGUUCAUAGCUGGUGAGGCACUGACUUAAUCAUAAUUAGAUUUAUAAAUAUAGACCCCCUGCUUGUUAUUGUUUACAUACGGAAAUUUUGUGCACAACGCUGGAGGGCAAAGAGACUAUUCUUUUACAUACCAUCAUAGCUGCUGCCACGAUAGAAUAAUUCCGUUAACUCAAUUAAACUUGGAAAUGUAGGUAUGAUUAAUUUCGUGCUGUGCUCCACAACAAAGGGAAAAACCUAAGUAUAACUCAAACCACUUCUUUCUCGCUCUCUGUAUCGGCCAAGCUACACGCAGACUCUUUGCCAUAGCAUAACAACACCAAAAAACACUCAAAUAUUCCCCACACAAAGAACAGAAUAUUCAGUCUGUUGCCGUAGUAUGGCUUAAUGUUUAUUUUGCGAUUAUUAGUAAGUAACUGCUGUGGUAGAAUGUAGCUACCACUGCUAUUAGCUAGUCUAACACAGCAGUUUGCGAGUUAUGUUUCUUUUCUGUAUUCUUUACACAUACAAACUUUAGCUCACAAAACGCACAUUUAAUUAAUAAACUAAACAAAAAAAUUUUUACCUCUACUUUUACCUCUACUUAUUAAGUCCACGCACCGCUCAUUCUGCACAAAAUUAUCAGUUCAUCCAAAGCCA